CCUAACUUAAUUUUCUUUUAUUUUCAGAAAACUCACUUUUAAGUCCCUGUGAAUUAUUGUUCUAUUUUUCUGGAUGGUUAUAAUAUAGUACUCCGCAUUCUUUCUUUUAAUUUGAUUACUGGUGUAGAUAUUAAAAAAAAUAAGGAACCGUUGAACCACUUAACAUUUCAUCUCAAAUUUGUGUACUGAAAUCAUUUUCAACCAGCCUCAAAUUUAAUCUAAAUGUUUACCUAAUUAUUAGGUACACAAGUGAUGUGCGAACUUGCUUACGCCACUUUAUUUUUCAAACUGUCCAUACAAUCGUAACUCAGGUAGUAUUAACAAAGUAUUAGAGAAUUUUUCGUGUGUAAUAUAGUUUGUGAAUAUGAACUUCGAAUAGAACAAUAAAAAAUGUGAAAUGUUAAUGACAAAAAAAAUUAUUUCAAAAUGGACACAAAGCAUUGGAAAAUCUCUUGGUGCAAAACAGAAACCUGUAACUUUUCUCUUAUCAGAGCCCCAAACGAUCCGAAAGAGUUUUCCGGCUAGGGCGCAAGCUCAGUUUCGCCGAUAUGGAUUUUCCGGGAACCGAUUUUAAGAUGUUGCCCUUCUGUGCCUAUAUGGCCGUCAGUAGUGAUCAUGCCUUCACUAUUCACCCCUUUUUAUCGGUAAUGAAGCAUCCCUAAAAUGCCUCCACGGUUAACGCCGCGUAAAUUUUUCCUCACAUUCCUGGUGGUCAUCGGCGUAACCCUAUUGGUGGGAAGCAAAUUUAAUUUUUCCUAUUUUUCGAAUGGCACCAAAUCGCACCAUUUAGAUAGCAAAAAUAAUAAUGGAGUGGAGGAUCUUACGCAGCAAGGACUGGAGGAGGAAAAAGAGGAGAUUAAAAACGAAGAGUUAUUAGAAGACGAAAAAGAGCCAUCCAACCCGCCGGAAAAGGCGUACUUUUUCACAGGCGGUACGCUUUAUCCCACAAAAACUAAAGGACCGGCAAGACUGUUUCCAGAACAGGCGGACGGAGAUCGGAUCGUGGAUCAGCUUAUGUAUGUGCCAGAAGAUUAUCAAGGAUACGACACCCCCGAGAAAACGAUAUUGCUUUAUAGCGGAUUGGGUUCUUGGGGACAAAAAGGAGGUUCCGGAACGUUUCACCAGUGUCCAGUUAGUAGAUGUUCAUUGACCGCAGAUCGAAGUAGAGCGGCCGACGCCGAUGCUAUUUUGUUCAAAGAUCACGUUGCGCUUCCUGGGGUUGAUAGACCUAUGAAUCAGGCCUGGAUUUUGUACCACUUGGAAUGUCCAUAUCACACUCAAAGUGUAAAAAUUCCAGAUUCCAUUAACUGGACUGCCACUUAUCGUAGAGACAGUGACAUUGUUGCGCCUUACGAAAGAUGGACCUAUUUUGAUCCAGAGGUAAAACAACAAGUCCAAAACAAAGAUUAUUCGGUGAACAAAACGAAAAAAGUGGCUUGGUUCGUAUCGAACUGUGGAGCACGCAACAAUCGACUGCAAUACGCCAGAGAAUUGGGGAAAUACAUAGAAGUCGACAUAUACGGCGGAUGUGGCAGCUUCAAAUGUCCACGGUCUGACGACAAAAAGUGUUUCACCAUAUUGGAGAGCGAUUACAAGUUUUACUUGGCUUUCGAAAACUCAAAUUGUAGAGAUUACAUUACGGAGAAAAUGUUCGUUAAUGGAUUAGGUCACGAUAUACUGCCGAUUGUUAUGGGUGCCAGGCCGGAGGAUUAUCAGAAAAGUGCACCGGAAGGCUCCUAUAUUCACGUCGACGAGUUUUCCGGUCCAGAAGAACUGGCAGCCUACCUCCAUCGGCUAGACAACGACAACACCCUGUACAAUUCCUACUUCAAAUGGAAAGGCACCGGUGAAUUCAUCAACACUUACUUCUGGUGCCGACUGUGCGCCAUGCUGCACUCGCCUCAAGUUCCUAGACACUACGAGGACGUCAACGAUUGGUGGCGAGGGCCUGGAAUUUGUACGACCAAGUCGUGGAGAAAUGCUGAAUUUGUUUAGGUUGUGAAUGAAUGAUGAUGAUAUUUGUUUCAGCAAGGAAUCACAAAUCUUGGUAAUGUUGAUGAAAAGUUUAACAUAAUAGGGAUAUAUUUUGCAUACAGAUUUAUUUCCUAGGAAUACCUCUUUACGUACGUAUAACUACUAAAAAUUCACAAUAAUUUCUAUUUUAAAACGAAUUUGCUUUUGAUAAUUCCGGAGACGAGUUUACUCUGACCAAAUUUCUACUGGUAACUGAGCCCAAAGACGAGUUACCAGUAGCUUGAAACCUUUUUUUUCCUGAAACUUUUCCGAGGCUUUUCUGCGUAGAUUUCGACGAAUUAUAAUCACUAACAUCAGAAACUCCAGGAAGAUUAUGACAAUCGAAUAAUUUUAAAAUUUCCUCCUGAUUGGUUAAAGUAGAAGGGGCGGCGCUUCUCGAUGCCUCAUUGGUUCCUGUUUUCCUCACUCUCUUGGGAUUUUCAUGUUUAAUAUAAUUCGUCAAUCGGCUGUUGGUUUUUUCUAAAUUAAGUUUUUGACAUUUCGAGUUUAAAUUGUCCACUUGAAGCUGUAGAUUGAGAUUUUCAUGCACGAGGCAACUAUUUUGUUUCACCAACUAAAAAUAAAAAUCUAAUAAAUGAUAAUUAAUUUUUUCAUAUAAAUAUACAUUAUUACAUGUAAAUAUUUUUUAUUACUACUGCUACUUGGUGUAUUCAGGUGAUCUUGUACUAAUAAUUCAUUUAAUUUAUCUGUUAGUUGGUCUAUUUUGAUUUUGUAGUCGUUGGAACACUAAAAAGAAAAAAGAUACUUAUAAAAUGAUAUUAAGAGUUUUAUAACUGUUUACUUUUUUAUGAUCCAAUUUUAUACUUUUAAGCUCAUCUUUCAAAGAACUGUUAGUAUUUUUCAUUCUUAAAAAUUUGAUGCCUAUGUUAUAAUUUGCUUCCAAUACUUUAUUGAGGGUGCCUUUAAUCUUUUCUGUUUCCUUUUUGUAUGGUUCUACUGCCGCUUCGUUUACAAGGGGAUGGUUUUGUGUGGUAUCACUUAACGCUUGCUUUAAUUUUUUAAAUUGAUUAAUCUCUUGACAAUAUAUUUCUUUUUCUUUAAAGUAAAAUUUUCUUUCGUCUUCGAGUUGUUUGAGAAGAGUUUGAUUCGAUUUUCUUUGCUUUAGUAAUUCAAUCGUAACUUCUGCUUUUUCCCUUGCCAGGCUUGCUAUAGCUACCUAAAAAAGAUGCAUUUCAAGUUAAAAUUUUGUUUAGUAAAUUAGUCAAAUUACCUCUUUUUUGUCCCUGUCCUGGUUCAAUGUAUUUAUGGCAGCUUUUAACUGCUGAAUUUGACUCUCUAAAGCCAAAACCUUAUCUUUGAAUUGUUUAUCGCUAGACAUUAAACUACUCAUGAAAGGCAUUGAAUAUUCACGACAAAUGCAUUUUUCGAGUCAAAGAGGUGAAUCUGGGAGAAAAAAAUCAGUAUUAUGUAAAAAACCUACUAAUAAGUGUAUAAAUUCUUAUAAAACUCCCUUUUUAAUGUCAGACUAGAUUACUAGAUAUAACAUUGAGACAAACUUUAUCAACAUUACUUAUUUCCACUUUUUAUAAAAUAUUAUGUAAAGGCAGAGUCAAUACCAAUAAUUUUAUGUUCAAGCGCAGAUCAAUUCAGAACUGAUUCUGAACUAACUCCGAACAAACCUAUUCUAAACCUUUUUGGGAUUUUUUGACUAAUUUUGCUUAAUGGCAGCCCUACCCUAUACCUAAUUUCUACCUAUAAAUAAAUUCAAAAGAAGCAGACAGUUGUCUGCUUAAACUAGUUACCUAAUUGAUUUUCUAUUAGAAAAAUUUCAUUUAGAAAAAGCGAAACUACAAAAAAAGUAAUUAGGAAAAAACGAUUGGUAAAAAAGCAACCAUAAUUUGCCAAUAAGUUUUAUCUAAACUUCCGAAAUACUAAAUAAUCAAUAAACUCACGUAGGUAUAUAAUCAAAACGAUUUCCACCACCGACUUCCAUGCAAAAACAAACACUGAUGUUGAAAAUUUCCUAAAACUACAUUUUUGACGUUUUUUGACAUUCCUGUCUAAAAUUUUUAAAGUCGAGCUUCCUAAGGCAAUGCCUGCAAUGCCUUUUUUUUCUUUCUAUAGACUCAAAUUUCGAAGAAUAAAUUCAACACUAGCUGAUGAAAUUAUUUCCCGUAAAAAUUACUAGAUUAAGAUUUAAAAAAACGUUAUUCUUAUUGUCUCUGUCUUAUGACAAUCCAAAAAAUUUAAAAAGUGAGUCAGAAAAAAAUCGAUGUCCCUUUAUAGUUACGAAAUGGAAUUUUCAGGGUUGUGUAUAGAUUGUCCUCGGUAAUUCAAUUCCUACGUUUUAGGAUAAUAAUUAUAGAAGCUUUUUAUGAGAAAAAUUAAGUUUUAUCGAUACUUAGUUUAAUUUUUAUGCUUUAAAUAAAUUUUAAAUAAGAAAUUGGCUUAUACCUACUUAAUUUUAUAAGUAAUUAUAUCCAAUUUUAUUAUUUCUAUUAUGCCUAACCAUUUUUGGUUUUAUAGAGACCAUUUUACAUAGGCGGAUAUUUUGUUUUUGUAGCGUCCCUUUUAGAAAAAACAAAACACUAAAAAACCCAAAUUUGUUAUUUAGUCUUAAUUAUUGUGUAGCAACAUUUUGUUAAUAUAUGUAUGUAAUAUCAUAGACUUUGUAAAUAAUUAAGAACUACAUAUUUCUUUUUUAGGUAUAACUGGUACAAUUUUCUCUCUCUAUAAAUUCGCAAAAUUCACUUAUGGCAACAAUUUUAUUGUUAUCGACAUGUUGAAACUUUUCAUUUUGAUAAUGGCCUAAUUCCGUUUCUACUAAUAAGAUCCAAGAGACAUUCCUAUAACUUGUAUCUAUCGUUGUAAUUUUUUUUAAUGUAAAUAUCACAAGCCUUCUUGUAUAGUAAGAUGUAAUUUUAAGUAUUAAAUUUAUAUACCAAAAAGGGUGCACAACCAGUAUUUUUGCAGCUACUUUUAUUGUUCUAAGUUAAACUUUUUAUGUUUUUACUUUUUUGUUAAUUAUAUAUUAUUUUGGGCACAGCAUAAUUUUGUUCUAGAUAAGUGUUUGCAUUCUGUGAUAUUGUGUUUUAAUUACCUACAUAAUUAUUAUAAAAAUGUGUUAUGUAUUUUAUUGAGUUUAUAUUAAAUUUUAUUUCAGAAUUAUUAUUUUCAAUUUGCUACUUUAUAUUCUAAUAUUUAUUGUUAGAUUUCAUUUACGUUGCAAAAGGUUUUUUAGUUUACGCUCAAACUUCUCCAGUUUAAUAUCUAUGUUCUCAAUUUGACCAGCAAAAAUUUAUAAGUUUAUCGAUUUCUAAUAGACAAAUCAAAAUUGAAAUUCUAUUAUUUCUUGCAAUUGAAAGCGCACAAUAAUUAAUUAGUAGGUAGGUAUCUUUAAUUGAAUUAUACGUGGUCAAUUUCAAUUUCUUCAUCAAUAGUUAAAUUCUGUAGUGAUUGAAUAAUCAACUAAAGUUUGCGUCAAAUAGUUUGAAUUCAGGCACUUACUUAAUAACAAUUUUUUUUAUUAUUAGAAAAAUUCUAUUUAUUCUAAAAUUGUUCGCAUUAUAGGGUCUGGAAGAUAUCUAUUAAAUGUGAUUAAUCUAGAAAACUAAAAUAAUUUGUGUGCAAUGAAAAUGGAAUUAAAAAAUUAUAAUGGUCAUUAAGUGAAAAUGUUCGAUUGUUAAUUAAUUGUAAAAAAGUAUUGAUAAAAUUUAUUAAGUUUUUA